GGAUCAUCCUUGUAGGUUCUAUAGUCAUUCAUUCCAUUUAUUAGGACUGUGGCAAGACAGAAUUUGUGAGGCAGGAGGAGUCUACUGGUUGAGGGCAUAUAGCUUUUAGUUGUGAAAACAUGACCUCUUUUUCUUAUGGGUUUUACCAUGAGUUUGGUACUCUGUAAGGAAAGGAAUUCUUUCCAUAUCUCGCUUCUUUUAGAAGAACAACAGCAAAAAUAUAAGGGAAGCAAUGUAUUCAUAGCAUGUGGUAUGCUGUUCAUUGGGAAGACACUCAACAAUGGAGCUGCAGAAUCAGUUUCUGGUCAAGUUCACAACCUUUUGGCCCUGCAAAUAUGAUGCUGCCUCCAUGAUUUCUGAAUGUUUUGUCGUGAGGUAUGAUUAGUUGUUCAAAAUUUUGUCCUUUUCUGGAUAUCAUUUCGAUGUUACUGCUAUAUUUGGGCUUGUAAAUGAACAAAAAUAAACAUUAUAAUUGAGCUAUAAGUACUUUAAGAAAUGUUAAAAAAGAAGAUAGAUGCAUGCUGUAACUGUGGAGAGAGAGAGAGAGAGAGAGAGAGAGAGAGAGAGAGAGAGAGAGAGAGAGAGAGAGAGUGCGGUUUAAUGUGCAGCUAUUUGCGUAAUCUUGUUUGGAAUCUGCAAUGAUGGAAUGGCUUCAGUUCAGCUAUUUGCGUAAUCUUGUUUGGAAUCUGUAAUGGUGGAAUGGCUUCAGCUCAGGUUUGUUUCAUAUUUUCCUGUUUGGAAAUUCACUUUUCUAGGUGGAGAAAAGAACAUACUUUCAAUGCGGCUACUUAUUUGGAAUGAAUGUUCAGAAAAAUUAUAAGGAGUUGGACAAUUUCUGUGUGGGUAGUGCAUUAUAAGGGAUGCGUAUUAUGGAGUAAAGUUGAAGAGCGAGUUGGCUUUAUGUGUGGAUACAAGCCUCAUGUUCUUGCUAAAGUGUCUUGGAAAGGUGGUGGUUUCUCUGCCGCGGCACAGGCUAAAAAGCCUAAGAACGGUUUCAUUCCCUGUGCUUAUCUGAAUAGAACAAACCACCAGAUGGUUCAAACAUAUCAUUGGUUGACCAUAAAUCGACUUCUCCAUUUUAAUACCUCUGCUUUCAUCCGAAGGCACCAGACACGAUCUGGCUUGAUUGGAAACAAACGCAUUUUUUUUAGUAGACAAAUAUUUGUUUUCUUCCAGACAGUGAUUAUGUUAACAUCCUUUCGCAUCUUGAAUUAUGUACUUCAUACCAAAAAUAUGAAAUUUAUAGUGGUGAAAAAGACAGAAUCUUACUUAUGCAUGAUUUAAUUUUUUAUUUGUUUUUGGUUUCUUGGGAAGUCUUGAACAUGUUGUGGCUACUCAAACGCAUCUUCAUUCAACAGCUGAAUAAUAUCAGCUGGGGGGGGGGGUGGGUUGGUUUCAAAACAGAGUCGCAAUUCAAUUCUUCUCCUUGCAUACUGGCUUGAGGCUACACCUUCCAUAAUUCAACCAUUUAGAUGCAGUGAGGGGCAUGGUGACCGGACCAGCCCUGUCCCUCACCGCGCGCAGAAGAACUUCUUGAAGUGUGGUGCCCACAUGAGAGCAAAGGUGGCGGGCAACCUCGUGACUUUGAAAAUCCUGUGCUUGGUUUAAUGGUAUAAAAAGGUACUCUCUACUCUCUAAUUGGCCUGCCUGAGAAGGUGGUGGUCCUUCCCCGUUUCCAUUUCCAACUCACAUUCAGUGACUUCAACACCAAUUAUUAAAAAAAAAAUUGAAUGUUUAUUGUAUUUCUUGGCACCUUGCAAAAUGCCAAAAUGCAUAUGACGUACUAUAGUUUGGAAAGCAGUUCACGAUACAAAAACACCUGAAAGUGAAAACAAGUAGCGAGAGAGCGAGAGAGCGAGAGAGAGAGAAUAUGCCGUCGUCGCUCUCACAUCCCCAUGGAAAUACAGGCUUCAAAUUCCAAUCAAACCCCAUUUCUAACCAGUCACCGCUAACAGCUAUAUCAUUCCCAUUCGCUCACUACACCAAGACAUCUCCUUACCCCUCUGCUUUUAUUCAACUCACUCUAAGAUCUCAAUAUGACUUACGACCACAAUUUCCCAGCAAACCCACAUGGCUUCUACCCUCAGUUUCCUUUCCACCCACAUUAGCAACCAAGACUGGAAGAUCAUCACUAGCUCCACUUCAGUGUGGCAUUUUGUCGAACAGCUGUAGCGCCAACGAUGGCAAGAGGAGUUUCAGGGAUUGGGUUGAGGUGGUUGGUGAGGCUGUAUCAACUGCAUUUCCCAUAUGGGUUGCUUUGGGAUGCCUGUUGGGGCUCAUCAAGCCGAGUUCCUUCAAUUGGGUCACACCCAACUUGACCAUCUUAGGCAUAACACUGACCAUGCUUGGCAUGGGCAUGACCCUCACUUUCGACGACCUUCGUGGGGCGUUGGCUAUGCCCAAGGAAUUACUUGCUGGCUUUGUUCUUCAGUACUCGGUGAUGCCUUUAUCAGGAUAUGCUGUGAGCAUGCUUUUGAAUUUGCCGUCCUAUUAUGCAGCUGGUUUGAUAUUGGUUGGUUGCUGCCCUGGUGGAACAGCAAGUAACAUAGUAACUUAUAUUGCACGUGGAAAUGUGGCACUUUCAGUUUUAAUGACAGCAGCGAGCACUUUAUCAGCCGUGAUCAUGACCCCCUUUCUCACUGCCAAACUUGCUGGUCAAUAUGUUGCAGUAGAUGCAGCUGGGCUAUUAUUCUCAACAUUGCAGGUUGUGCUUCUCCCUGUAUUGGCGGGUGCAUUUCUGAAUCAAUAUUUCCAAGGCCUGGUUAAAUUUGUGUCCCCCUUGAUGCCACCCAUUGCUGUGGCAACUGUAGCUGUUCUUUGUGGGAAUGCAAUUGCCCAGAGUUCUUCUGCAAUCCUUAUGUCUGGUAAACAAGUGGUGCUAGCUGCCGCUCUUCUUCAUGCAUCUGGAUUUUUCUUUGGUUACGUACUUUCAAGGAUACUUGGGAUUGAUGUGUCAUCAUCAAGGACUAUCUCCAUCGAGGUUGGCAUGCAGAAUUCGGUGCUUGGAGUUGUUCUAGCUAGCCAGCACUUCGGAAAUCCUCUAACUGCGGUACCAUGCGCUGUUUCCAGCGUUUGUCAUUCAAUCCUUGGUAGUGCCUUGGCAGGAAUUUGGAGACAGAGUGUGCCAACGCAAAAGCAAGAUUGAAAUGUCACGUAGAAGCUUUAGACAAGCAGUAUAAAACUUUAAAACAAUCCUUCUGUAAUUAUAUGAGCUGCUAGUUGUGGGAAUUUCAUUGCACAUUAGCUAGCUAUGGAGCACUUGGAUUUGCAA